AUGAACCGACGACAGCCAUCCGAACCCUUGCCGGAUAUUGUAGCUGACGCCAAACUCGAAGCUGAAGUGCACUCCAACUACACCAAACAUUUCUACAACAGUUCUUCAUCAACGACUCGCCGAAGAAUCCGGGUGGAGAUAUGGACUCGCGACAAAGAACUUGGCCACGGAGCAUUCGGUGUAGUCCAUCGCGAGCGAUGCGAUGACGGAACUGUAACGAAAUUGAGAGCCGUAAAAACAAUUAGGAAGACUAUUUCUGGACACAAGGUUGACUACACAAGGGAGCUCGAGGCCGUGAUGAAGUUCUCGCACGGAAAGUUCAGGCACUGUUUCGUGCAAUCAUAUGGAUGGUACGAGUCGUCGGAGCAUAUUUUCAUCGCGAUGGAGUACCUUAAACAUGGAGAUUUGCAAAAGCAUCUCGCCCAUCCGCUAUCGGAGCAGGAGGCCAAGCUUAUCACUGCCCAAAUCAUCGAGGGCCUUGGCUUCAUGCAUGAAAAUGGCUUUACUCACCGCGACCUGAAGCCUGGAAACAUGAUGGUCGUCGAACCAGGACCAAAGUGGUUUGUUAAGAUUGCGGACUUUGGCAUUAGCAAGCGAAGACAUGAAUUGUCAACAAGUCUACAUACGCAGGGACAAGGCACCAUUGGGUUCGCUGCUCCCGAAGCCCUGGGUAUCAUUGAUCACGGUAGAUCUUACACCUCUGCUGUCGACAUGUGGUCACUUGGCGCGGUAGUCUACAAGAUACUGACCGGCACAGUACCGUUUCCCAACAUGCAGGAGGCUCUCUCAUAUUGUACUGGGAAGUCAGGUUUUCCAUCCGAUAUGCUCGACAGAUAUUGCGUCACAAGAGACGGACAAGAAUUCAUCAAGGCCUUGAUGAAGCCAGAUGGCUGGCGGCGACUGACCUCGACCACGGCGGCCAAACAUCCGUGGAUGACCCAGUCUGAUCAUAGGUCAGCUCAGAUUUAG